AUGUCAAUUUCAGCAAUCAGGGCUAUUGAAAAAUUCCGAAUACUUGAGCUGAAAGGACUCUCUGGCUACAUCGCGAGGAACGGUCCUCUUUCUGCGGUUCCCGAAGAAAGCACUUCUCGAGGCGUCCGACUUGCCAAUCCUUUCCUUCCCCACCGCAAUCCAAAAACCGGUCGAUGGGCACCACCCAAAUAUUCACUGCGACGACAAGCAGAACUUAUCAAGAAAGCCAAAGAGACCAACUGUCUACAUCUUUUACCUCCCGGACCGAAAUUACACAAACCAGAGGUUAUGGCAGAAAUUCUCCGGUCUCGGACUGCAGCAGCAGCAGCGUCGAGUAAAGCAGGAGAAAUUCCCAAACAACUAGAGCAUCUGGCGUUCCAGGUGGAUUGGGUUGGCAAAUUCGAGGUGAAGGAGAAACCUGAAGCUGAACAACACGUUCCGUUGUAUGCGGGCAAGAAGAGGAUGUUCAAAGGACAUAAGUGGGAGCGGACGAUGGACCGUCGGCUCAACCACAGAGCUAUGCUGUUGCGGGAUAUGGACAAACGUGUCAGGAGAUUCAAAGCUUACCACAGGAAGAAGAAGCCAAAUCCCCUCAAACCGGCGAAGCGUGUGUCGUCAAAGCUUCCCUUCUAG